UACACGGUGUCAGCUACCACCAUGAAAGACGUUGGAGAGGAUAAAGGAUCUCGGGUAAUGUCUAACUUGUUCAUCGAAGCAAGAGGUAGCUCUCCAUCAAUCAUUUACCUCGCUGACAUACAAGACAUAGCAUCUACUCCAUCCAACAAGAUAUUUGCCACGCUUUUGGCUGAGAUGAAACAAAGCGAGAAGGAAGGUUGUGCUUUGGCUGUUGUAGCAUCUUCCACGAUUGAUCCUGAACUUCUUGAUGCCACUCUGAUCAAAUCUCGGAACUUUUUGAUGAAUGUUGAAAUGGGGAAAUUGGAUGAGGAAGCUAGGAAGAAGUAUAUAGACUUCUAUCUGACCCCAUUUCUCAUGGAAGAACAGAGAGAUGAAAUUCGCAGCCUUAUAGUAUCACGCACAAAAAAUUUUAGGAAGAGGGACUUUAAAUAUCUUGCAAAGCUAUCCAAGAAGUGGGCUGAUAAGAGAUGCUCCCCUCGUGUUACCAAGGAGCACGUCAUUGCAUCUUUUCCUCAAGUCUAUAAAGCAAGCGGAUUGCAGGAUGAAAGCAAGUGAUACUUUAUUUAUUAUAUUAAAAAUGGUGUAUUUGUGUGGGGUGGUAAGUCGGGUCAACUAAUUGUACUUGCUACUUC